AGCGAUCAUCACACAGUCAUCUGAUUCAGUAGUCUGCACAACCAGCAAACAAAAACUAUCAUCAUGAAAUUCGUUAUUGUUUUCGUCGCUCUCUUCGCUCUCGCCUACGCUGCCCCAGCUGCUCCUGAAGCCGAAAUCGUCGAAUUGAGAUCCGAUGUCGACCCCGAGAAAUACAGCUUCGCCUUGAAGACCAGCGAUGGUACAUCAGUCUCUUAUACACAUCUAGAUGUGUAUAAGAGACAGGUUGCCCAUGGUUCUUACUCUUUCGUCGCUGAUGAUGGUCAAACCUACACCGUCACCUAUGUUGCUGAUGAGAACGGUUUCCAACCUUCAGGUGCUCAUUUGCCCGUUGCCCCUGAAGCUUAAGUGCGAUAAUCGUGAACUGAGUGUGGAACUGUUAUUAGAUUUUAGAAUGAAUGUUAAAUAAAAUUAAAAAAGUGAACAAGUCGAAAAUAACUAUUUGAAUUAA